AACUACAAAUAGCCAAGGGCAGCAAGUCUUUCCUCAGUGCUCCCGUCUGCUGCAGCCCUCACCAGGCUCUCCUCGUCCUCCAACAUGGCCUCCUACAGCUCCUCAGCCCAAACCGCCUCCUCCUACCGCCGCCACUUCGGCCACGGCACCUACGCCUCGCCCUCCCUCAACCGCUCGCUGCAGGGCCAUGGUGCUGGCGGUGGGGCUCACGUCUCCUCCAGGGUCUACGAGGUGACCCGGAGCAGCGCGACACCAGCCUACCGGGUCUCCUCCGGCUACUACGGCAAGCCCCUGUUGGCUUCCCGGGCUUCAGUCGGGCGCUCUUACGCCGGCAUGGGCGAGACGCUGGACUUCAGCCUGGCCGACGCCCUCAACCAGGAGUUCUUGACCACGCGGACCAAUGAGAAGGUAGAGCUGCAGCACCUGAACGACCGCUUCGCCAGCUACAUCGAGAAGGUCCGCUUCCUGGAGCAGCAGAACCAGGUGCUGGCGGUGGAGGUGGAGCGACUGCGUGGGCGUGAGCCGACACGCAUCGCCGACCUGUACGAGGAGGAGAUGAGCGAGCUGAGGAGGCAGGUGGAGAUCCUGACCAAUCAGAGGUCACGCGUCGAGGUGGAGCGGGACAACCUAGCCGACGACCUGGACAAGCUCAAACUCAGACUCCAGGAAGAGAUCCUCCAAAAAGAGGACGCAGAAAACAACCUGGCUGCUUUCAGGGCGGAUGUGGACGCUGCCACUCUGGCCCGUCUGGACCUGGAGAGACGCAUCGAGACGCUUCAGGAGGAGAUCGCCUUCCUGAAGAAGAUCCAUGAAGAGGAGAUCCGCGAGCUGCAGGCGCAGAUGCAGGAGACUCAGGUGCAGAUCCAGAUGGACAUGUCCAAGCCGGACCUGACGGCAGCGCUGAGAGACAUUAGAGCCCAGUACGAGGGCAUCGCCGCCAAGAACAUCGCCGAGGCUGAGGACUGGUACAAGUCAAAGGUAACCGACCUGAACCAGGCAGUGAGUAAGAACAACGAGGCGCUGAAGCAGGCCCGGCAGGAGACCAUGGAGUUUAGACACCAGAUCCAGUCCUACACCUGCGAGAUUGACUCGCUCAAAGGCACCAAUGAGUCCCUGAUGAGGCAGAUGAGAGACAUGGAGGACCGCCACGGGGUCGAGGCCGGCCGCUUCCAGGAUAACAUCGCCCGGCUGGAGGCGGAAAUCGCCAACAUGAAGGACGAGAUGGCGCGCCACCUCCGCGAGUACCAGGACCUGCUCAAUGUCAAGAUGGCGCUGGAUGUGGAGAUCGCCACCUACAGGAAGCUGCUGGAAGGGGAGGAGAGCAGGAUUACCUUGCCUGUGCAGAGCUACUCCACCCUGAGCUUCCGAGAGACCAGUCCCGAGCACCAGCAGCGCUCCUCUGAGAUGCAUUCAAAGAAAACCGUCCUCAUCAAGACCAUCGAAACCCGCGAUGGAGAGGUUGUCAGCGAGUCGACGCAGCACCAGCAAGACAUCAUCUGUGACCUGUUUUGGAGCUACAUAGAUAGGUCGUCCUUUUCCUCCAACAUGGCCUUCCGUCCUCGGCGCUCUGACCGCAGUGGGGCCCAGAUGCUGGGAAUCAGCGAGGUCGAAGCCCUUAACCAGGAGUUCCUGACCACGCGGACCAAUGAGAAAGCAGUGCUGAAGCAGCUGAACGACCGCUUCGCCAACUACAUCGAGAAGGUCCGCUUCCUGGAGCAGCAGAACCAGGUGCUAGAGGGGGAGGUGGAGCAACUGCGUGGUGGCAGGCCGACACUCAUCAAAGACCUGUACGAGGAGGAGAUGAGCCAGCUGAAAAUGCAGUUGGACGACCUGACCCAUCAGAUGUCACGCAUUGAGGUGGAGCGGGAGAGUGAAGUGGAAAAGCUCAAAGACAGACUGCAGGAAGAGAUCGACCAAAAAAAGGAAGCAGAAAAAAGACUGGAGGGUUUAAGGGUGGAACGGGACACUGCCACUGUGAAUAGUCUGAGCCUGGAGAGACGCAUCAAGAGGCUUCAGGAGGAGAUCACCUUCCUGAGGAAGAUCUAUGAUGAGGAGAUCAGUGAGUUGCAGGAGCAGAUGCAUGGUACUCAGGUUCAGACCCAGGUGGACAUGUCCAAGCCGGACCUGACGGCAGCACUGAGAGAGAUCAGAACCCAGUACGAGGGCAUCGCCGCCAAGAACAUCACAGAGACCAAGGACUGCUACAAGUCAAUGGUGUCCGACCUGAAACAGACAGUGAGUAAUAAGAACACUGAACUGCAGCAGGCCCAGCAGCAAACCAAAGAGCUCAGAAAACAGAUCCAGUCCUACACCUGCGAGAUUGACUCGCUCAAAGGCACUAAUGAGUCCCUGAUGAUGCAGAUGAGAGACAUGGAGGACCGCCACGGGGUCGAGGCCGGCCGCUUCGAGGAUACCAUCGCCGGGCUGGAGGAGGAAAUCGCCAACAUGAAGGACGAGAUGGCGCGCCACCUCCACGAGUACCAGGACCUGCUCAAUGUCAAGAUGGCGCUGGAUAUGGAGAUCACCACCUACAGGAAGCUGCUGGAAGGGGAGGAGAGCAGGAUUAACUUGCUUGAGCAGAGCUCCUCCACCCCGAGUCAUCCAGGUACAAACACACCUGCUGUUUCCUGAAUGCACCACUAGAUGAUGCACGACUCUCUAACCAGCACAGGGUCUGGAGUGUGCACUUACCAACAAUGCAG